CAACCAAAUAUGGUACAGUCGACUCCACAUGCGCGCGAACGUUUUGUAAGAGCAAUGGCGUCUAAAGCAGGUCGUCGAGGGACGAAGCGCAAAGCAGAGGUUCAGGCUGAUGAGGAGAAAGCCUCCCAGAAGGAGAAUAAGGACAAGGGAGAGGGGGAGAAGUGCCAGCAAGGCCAAAGGGUGGUCAUUGAACACUGUAAGAGCUGACGAGUGUAUGGGCGUAAUGCUGAGGAGGUGAAAUCUGCCCUUCUGGCUGCCCACCCUGAUCUGACUGUGGUCUUCAACCCUGAGAAACCCCGCAGGAACAGCUUUGAGAUCACUCUGCUGAAUGAUGACAAAGAAACAUCUCUGUGGACUGGAAUAAAGAAGGGUCCGCCUCGUAAGCUGAAGUUUCCUCAACCCGAUGACGUGGUUGCUGCCCUACAGGAGGCUCUGAAGGCAGAGUAGACACUCAGUGAAGCCAAGAGUUCAGGAGAUGUGGUCCUCGGAAGCAGAAUGACGAGGAGUGAUCAAUGGGAUGUUCUCAGUCCCUCCUCCGAUGAGCCAAGCUCCAACAGCUCACAUCUUCUGGAUACAUGGUGACACCUAGUGGAGCGUCUCCGAACCAGUACAUUUCUCAGAUGCACAGUCCUGCUGUGUUCUCAAUGGUUUAUUGUGCUUUUAUGUCUGUUUUUGGUAAAUAAAGUGAGUCACUUAUUAUAUGAA